AUGUCGACGUCCCAUCCAGCAGUAGAGUUGAUGUUUGUCAACAUUGCUCGACCACAAGACAUAAAAGACCGGAAAACUCAGAGGAGAAUUAACAGUCAUGUGAUGAAGCCCAUUGGCAUCACUCGGAGGCGCGCACGCCCAGACGACAAGACAGAAGUAACCUUGAAAUCUCUCAAGUCCUUGUCACAGCACCCAGAAGUCGCAUGUAAAGGUUCAUCAGUGAGCUCCAACACUUCUAGUCCUGGCAUCAGAGCCCCAGAAACAUCAUGGGCAUUCAGGUAUCGACACUCGAUGAAUUUAGCGCCAUCUCUUUGCUCUUAUUCGAUGCCGCGCGGGUAUCCCAUAUCCACACGAACGAGCACCGUAGACCAGGAAGCACCAGUCUGUAAGCUCAUGCGCGAGCUUUGUUUCGCUCUCGCAUUGGCCGAUGACAGCGCCAUGCACUUGGCCCUCGCUCGCCUUGAGAUAGAUCCUGAGCGGACUGAAGGAUGGGCUUCCGAAGAGACCGCCAGCAGUUUGACACAUUACAAUGCUUCCAUUGAAAUCUUGCGAAAUCAGCUUGGGGGCGCUCAGCUUAUGGCUCACGAAGCUAUUAUUGGUGUAGUGUUGUUCACCAAUAACCUGGCACGAUGGAAGACGCAUAUGUCAGGGUUGCAGAAGAUGAUUGAAUAUCGUGGUGGCAUAGAAACCCUGAGUUCCCCGUAUCUACAAGUUACAACGAUUUGGAUGGACUUGACUGGUUCUAUGAUUCUAGACCAAAUACCUCACUUCAAGGCGUGUCAAGCCGACCCUUCUACAGCGGACUACAUACAACCCAACUUUAACGAGGCCAUGGACCCUGCACAACGGAGCCACAGGGAUACUGAAACACUUCUCGAAUUGCUGUUGAAACUAUCCAAUCUAGCUGCGGGAAAGUCUGAGCGUGAACUCAGUGAAGAUUCUGUUCUACUCGAAGAACUUCAGGCUUCCGUAUACACGACUCUGACUCUGCCACGCUACAGCCCAGAUAUGCACCAGCACCUCUUGGCAUCUUGUGUAAUGACCUACGAGAUGUUUCGACUGGCUGUGCUUUUAUAUCUUUCAGGCCCUGUCACGUUUCUGGCAGGUAACAGGACCUUCAAUGUGGUGACUCCCCACUUGAGAGGUCGACUAUUGAGGAUGUACAGGGAGCAUAGACUGGGUUGGAUGGGUCUAGAACACGUUGAACUAUUUAUACUAGUCGUUGGGACUCUGACGGAAGUUGGACAAGACAGACAAACAUUGCUUGUUGAGCUUCAACGCAUUAUCAGAGUACAAGGGUUAAGAUGGAACGGACUGGUCGAUAAGCUUCGCUCUAUGGCGUGGGUUGAUGUUGUCUGGUCAGCUAGCCUAGAUAAGCUGCAUAAAGAUUUAGCAAUUCUUUAA